AUGAAAGUAGAUACAAACGAAAUAUUUAAAAAUUAUGAUCAUAGGAAAACCAUACAACACAUUGAGAAGCUUAGAAAUGACAUCAGCAGCAGAGAAGAAUCUAUUAAAAAUUUUUUAAAAGAAAAAAGCAACAAUGUGAUAGAUAAUACAAUAAAAAUUAAAAAUGUGUAUGGUAGUGUAGAAAAAAUAAAAGGUCACUUAGAAGACAUAAUUUACAAUUAUAACUAUUUAAUAGAUAGUGUUAAGAACACUACGUUGGUUAAUUUUAAAGAUUCUUUUGCACACACACAAGAGUUAAAUGAAUCUGAGAAAAAUAUCAUAAAAAAGGUAUGGGAAAAGAAAUAUGAUCGAUACAAUUUUAUAUUUCAAAAUUUGUGUAUUCAAAAAAAUGCCAGGGAAGGAGAAGAUUCCUGUGAUGUUGUGUUGUAUGAUACACACGAUGAUGCGUGUGAUUUGGUGAAAAAAGAAAAAGAAGAGUUAAUUAAUUAUGAUUGCUUUUGCUUAAACAACUACAUUAACCACAUAUAUUUUGAUAUCAAUAAAAAGAUAAGUGAGGAAAAUUACAUAUAUGUCUUAAAUAAAAUUUACACAGACAUAUUUAUAUGCUUGAAAGUGCUCAGUUCUGUACUUAAAAAUGAGGAAAUUAAAAAUAUUUACCUGAAAAUAUUUAAUAGCAAGAAAUCUAUUUACUCUUUAAAUUCAUAUGUAAACAAACAUAAGGAAAAUUUUUGUGAUAUUUUGUUGAAGUUGAUAUAUUCAUCCUACUACAACUUAACUUAUAACAGUUCUUGUAAAAUUAAAACUAUACCCAAAUCAGUAAUUGUUCUCUUACUUUUUCACAACAAACAGAAUUGUGAAGUCGUCGAAAUUAUAAAGAACGAUUUGUUCAAAGAAAUUCUGAACACUAGAAUAAAUUUAUUACACAAUAUUAUUGAAAAAAAAAAAAACAUUGAAAAUUUUCUCGAUUUUAACAAGCUGAAAACAUUAUUCCAAAAAGUUACAUAUCUGGUUUUACAUACCAAGUAUAUAUUUCUUCUACUAAUUGAUUUAAGCAAUAAAGAAUUACGACAAAAGGUGAUAGAAGGCAAAUAUGACAAUUUCGCAGAGACAUAUAAUUUUCUGGGAGAUGAUAAAAUUUCUCAAAAUUGUAUUAAUGAUAUGAAUGAAGGUCAUUAUGCAAACCGUGCAGAAGAUACUGAAAAGAAUUUCUUCCUGGAAAUAAUGCAGGAAGAAGUAUUUAUUUUACAGAAUACAUUUUACGAAAAGUUAAAAAAAAAUAAGCAGUAUUUCAACUAUGCUAUAAAUAGCAUGGAUGUGAUAGAAAAAAUUAUGAACGAAAGGAUCAUCGAGAAUUUCAGCUUAUUACACAAAACAUACCUCGAAUGUGUACAUUAUAUUUAUGAGUAUAUGAUAUACCUGUUACAUGUCUAUUAUUGCAAAAAUGGUUAUAACACAACUUGUAACGAUUUGUUCACAGAAUAUGUAAGUAUCAAUAAACUAUACAACAAAAUAAAAAACAAAAUUUUAAUAAAAGAAAAGUAUUUCCAUAAAUUUAUUAAAGAUAUCGAUUUUUACCUGAACAAUCAUUAUCUACAAGCUAUCCAUGACGAAUUUUUCGAAAUUUUUUUUUUCCUUUAUUUUAACAAAUUUGUGUGUGCAAUUCCAUUUUUUGACAACAACUCAAUUGAUAAGUGGAAGCUUAUGAUGAUGAGAUUUUUUCAGGUUUUUUUUCGCAAUAUAUCCUUAUCAUACGAGAGAACAUACGAAAUUCAAAAUUAUGUGUUUUAUUCUUUUCUUUUAAAUUCAUUUUAUUACUACUACGAAUUUUUUACUAUCGAUUUGAAUUCUAUAUAUACCGAAUUUAGUAAUGUGGAAUGUUACUACAGUAAAGAUACAAAAGGAAAAAAAAAAAUUCAAAAGCAUAUAUCAGAACAUUUUCAAAAAAAUAACAACGCAUCCAAGGAAAUGUAUUUUCACAGAGACUUUAAAAUCAUUUUGAAAGAAAAAAUUCACCCCCUUAUAUUUAGUGCAUACAAGCUCAUUAUGUUCAUAGAAAACAAAGAAAUUAAAAACACUGCAGAUCCUGAUUUUCUACUUGCAGGACAAAGUACUGAUGAAAUUUCAAAUUUUUCUAAAAUGUUCCAUUCUUUUAUGAACAUUUUGAAAAGACAAAAUGAGGAAAAUGUGAAUACGCAUGGGGAAGCGAACAAUUGCGAACAGUUUGAGAAUACCAACAGGAGUGCUUCCAAAAAGGAUAAAAACAAUUGCAAUUUAAAAAAGUUUACAAAUCUUUUAAAAUUUUUAAAAAAUACUGUUCAGGAUGAUGCAGCACACAUGGGACACAUCACAAACGACAAAUGUAGUAAUGGCACAACCGAAUGCAACAACAAUGAAGAUUGUGAAAAGGUUAACAAUGGGCACGAUAAAGAAAAGGAUAUAUAUUUUAAGGAAAAUGAAAAAUCAAACAGUUCUAUGAAUUUAUUAAAUUGCAUUGAAAAAAUUCAUACGAAAGAAAACGUAAGGGAGGACUAUAAGGAGCUCUUUUUUUACUUAAACAUUUUUAGUCAUUAUGAUAAAUGUUCUUGGAUUCGUUUCCUUAAAAGUCAAAGGGGGGUGGGUAAAAUCGUAAGCGAAUGGGUACCGAAGAAUGAUACCAAUGUCGAACCUAUGUUUUCCCUGAAUGACAUAAAAAGCAUUUUUCUGAACAUUGUAUAUAAAAUAGUGAAUACUUCUCUGAAAUGUUUCUGUUUGGAAUACUUAGACAGUUUGGAAAAGUACUUGCAUUAUUUUUUGAACAUGUUAAUAAAUACUGAUGUAAAAAAUAUAUUAUGUGAAAGAAUGAAUUGCCAUUUAGUGAACAUUUUCACCUUUUCUAACAUAUUUAUAUUAUAUAUUGAAAAGUUAAUGAGUACUGAACUGUACAGAAGCAUAAUAAUAUUUCUUGUAAAAAUUGUAUUGCAAAAGAAGAUAUACAAAAUUUAUUCUCAAUUUAUCAGCAAAUUGAGAGAAAUUUAUUUGAUUCAAUAUGAACAGAAGAAUGAUAAAAAUAGAACUUUGUUAAAUAAAAAAAUAACAGAAAUGUACAAUAUCAUGUUACUAGAUUUAUUAUUUUGUGAAUAUGUAUUAGAUAAUAAUAAUGUUAUACAUAAAUCUAUAUAUGAAAAUUUGAUCCUACGUUAUAGGAAUAAUGAAAAUUACUAUAUCGAGUCUUGUCUAUAUUUUAUUAACAUAUAUAAAGAGAAAUAUAACGUAUACAGUGAUAAAAAUUUGAAUGAAAGGAAUACAAAAAAACAUUCAUUCUUUAAAAAGUUAUAUGAAGAAGACAAGGAAAAAAAAAAAAAAAAAAAUCCAUCAAGCUACCUUUUUAGAAAUUUAAUUGAUAAUAUAUUGACCGAGCUAAAUAAGUUAGAUAAUCUUAAUGGCAUCAUCUUUCAAAAACAUAUACGCCACUUAGCUGAAAAUAUGAUACGGGAAUCGUACUUAUUAUAUUACUUAUUCGUCCAGGGUCCCAUAAUUAAUAAAGUUUUAGUUAAUCAGCAGCAGGAAGAAAAACAAAGUUCUCUCAAAAUUUUCAAUUUUAAUCAAGUUCAUUCCAUUCAUGAUGAUUUUAUUGAAGAUAAACUGUUUAAGUUUUUUUUUUUAAAGGUCUGA